AUGCCGCGCGCGCCGCUCCGGCGCAGACAGCCCAACCGCAAUGGGCCCUCCCCUCGCGCCCACAGAAAGAUUCCCAGCAGUAGUCCUGCGCGGCUGGAGCUACAAAAGAGACUCGCGCAGAAACCCAUCGGGCAAAGACCGGACGACAGCGACGACAGCGACAGGCUAGUGGUGAAGGGACGUGGAAGACGUGGUAGAAACGCGCCCAGGCAGGAGAUCUUUGCUUCGGGUGCCGUGGGAAAGGGUGAUACACCGGGCGCGCAUCCCACCAGGGUCCAGAGAAGGAGAAGUUUGACCAAAGCAACGGACGAUAUACUGGCACGGACUCGACCAGACGACUCUCCGCAGCGUGUCACCAACAAAGAGGCUCCUCAAAGGCCGCUUCUUGCGAAGGGCAAUGCCGACAAGGCCACCAGGCAGAGGCCUGUACCUGCUCCAGUUCCGUCAUCCGCUGUGAAGCCACCGGCAAGUGUUUUGCGGUCUGCACAGCCUACGCCGACGAGGGAGAACUCGAUUCUGGGCACGCUGAAGCCCAGGCGAAGGCAACCUAGCAUUUUGCAAGCGCUCGAACCUGACUCGUCAACUUUGGACCUUGAAGACGAAGAACGAUUUCUUCCUGAUUCGGAGUCAACUCCCACGAAUCUUGCUAUAUCGCACAACGUUUCUUCAACGCCAGUCACCAAAUCUUCGCACACCUCCUUGCACUCAUCCUCGAAGAAGCGUAAGUUGGGCCCAGCCUCUAACUUCCAACCGGCCUUGGUCGAGAGAACCUCAUCGGAAGCCCCUCGACCGGCGGCAAGUUCGCCCGAUCGAGCCGGGACACCAGAGCCGUCUCUUCCCACGGUCGCAGUAUCCACGCUUCGAAAACGAGGCCGAAAAUCCCGGGAGCAUAUUCGUGAAGACGAAGAUAUCAUGGCUCUCCCCAGGAGUAGUUCUUCGCUUUCACUGUCACCUGUGAAACCGAACACACCGGCGCCCACCAGACACCGGAGGAAGAAAGCACCCAAGCUUGCACCUACCCUGGCCACGGCGGAACUUCAAGCCCUAAUGAUGCCUAGGAAACGACGAAGGACCGCUAGGACGCGGACACAAAUGCAGAGCGAAUUCGACAUUCCUGUCGACUCCGAUUCUCAUAGGUCCGAGAAAUCUGACCCGGCUGAUGAAGAGGAUGAAUCGAUCUUCUUGCCUGCAAAGAAAGGGCGAAAACCCCGCCGGAUGCAAGCAGCGGUGAAUAGGGGGUUCAAAGCCGGUGGUGGUACCAAACGUGGCACUGUUGUCAAGCAGAGCGGUCGUGGUGCCGCCAACCGGUCAAAUGCAAAUACAAGUACGAGUCACCUCAUGGCUACCAAAGAGCCUGUCCUUGCGCCCUGUACACCUAUUUUGUCCGGAAGAAAUCACUCAACUAAGUCUCCGUCGCAGCUUUCCACCGUCAACUCUUCGAAUCUCAACACCAAACGAACGAACAACGGGCGCCGAAGGAACGGGCAGGGAAAGUCGAAGCAGCUUGGUGGCUCCCCCCACGGAUCGCAAGAUCACACUGGCGCAGACAAAGAAAAUUUCGACCUUCAGCAUCAUGGAUCGCUAGACGAGUCCGGCAUUGAAACCCCCGAAAGGGGCCCAACGUCAGUGAAGUCUUCGGGCGGACGCCUGGAUACCACCAAUAUCAACAAGGCCAAAACAGCCAUUACCACCCUGGGAAAGUGGGCAGAUGUGGAUGCGUGGGAUCUGGAUUUUGAGGAUGUGGAGGUCACGACAGGAUCGAGUGGUUCAUCUCCAAUGCGACGGUGA